GAAAUAAAAACUUUCUGAAGGCCACAUUAUUUGUGUUAUCGACAGUCACUAGUCAUCAGACAGACUACAAGAGUCUUACCACUGAAAGUCUGAAACUGCCAAUCACCAGAUAUUGAGAAAUUUGAGAAAAUAUGGGUGAAGGAGAGCAAGGGAAGAAGCAAAGAGAAGAAAAACAUGGAGUUGUUCAAGUUGACCCAAAACCCAGCAAAGGGUUCACUUCCAAAGCUAUUGAUUUGUUGGAAAAAUUGAUUGUCAAAUUGAUGUAUGAUUCUACUAAACCACUUCAUUAUCUUUAUGGCAAUUUUGCUCCUGUUCUUCAAGAAACUCCUCCUGCCAAAGAUUUACCUGUUCAUGGUCAUCUCCCUGAAUGCUUGAAUGGGGAGUUUGUCAGGGUCGGACCAAAUCCAAAGUUUGCUCCUGUGGCUGGAUAUCACUGGUUUGAUGGAGAUGGCAUGAUUCAUGGAUUGCACAUUAAAGAUGGGAAAGCAACCUAUGUCUCCCGCUACGUUAAGACAUCAAGGCUGAAACAAGAAGAGUUCUUUGGAGGGGCAAAAUUUAUGAAGAUUGGAGAUCUUAAGGGCCUUUUUGGAUUACUUACAGUCAACUUGCAAAUGCUCAGGGCCAAGCUGAAAGUACUAGAUAUGUCGUAUGAAAAUGGGACAGCUAAUACCGCUCUUAUAUAUCACCAUGGGAAGCUUCUGGCACUUUCAGAGGCAGAUAAGCCAUAUGUUAUUCGUGUUUUGGAAGACGGGGAUCUUCAAACCCUUGGAAUGCUUGACUAUGAUAAAAGGUUGACCCACUCCAUUACAGCUCAUCCAAAGGUUGAUCCUUCCACAGGGGAGAUGUUUACUUUUGGCUACUCUCAUGAACCACCAUAUAUCACAUACAGAGUAAUUUCAAAGGAUGGAUACAUGCAUGACCCUGUACCAAUAACUAUCCCUGCGCCUAUCAUGAUGCAUGAUUUUGCGAUCACUGAGAACUAUGCUAUUAUCAUGGAUCUUCCUUUACACUUUAGACCUAAGGAUAUGGUGAAGGAAAAAAAACUAAUUUUCACUUUUGACCCAACAUUAAAGGCUCGCUUUGGUGUACUACCACGAUAUGCUAAGAAUGAGAGCUUAAUCAAAUGGUUUGAGCUGCCAAAUUGUUUCAUAUUCCAUAAUGCCAAUGCGUGGGAAGAAGGAGAUGAGGUUGUUUUAAUCACUUGUCGCAUUGAGAAUCCAGAUUUGGAGAUUUCUAUAAACUAA